AAGACGACAAUAUCUCGUUCCCUCAUUUGACGAUCCGCGCUAUCUAUUAAGUAGUAUGGUGGUCAACUUCAACGCUCCUGAUCCUGAUUAUCCUCUCCCUCCUCUCAAGGAGGUACCGGAUGACGAUGCUGAUAAGCCAAAAGAGGCGUAUAAGCUGACUACGACGCUUAGCGGCUUCCCUGCGAUCAUCUUUGGCGCUGCUACGUUAUCCCGCAUCUAUAAUGAAGCCGACCAUAUCUCCGGAGUAACACCUUUACGAGCUGCCAGGCUGGCCCUGCGCUAUGGCAUCAAUGCAUUCGAUACUGCGCCAUUCUAUGGGGAUUCUGAGAUCAUCCUCGGGAACGCUCUUCAAGCUCUUGAGCCUGAAUUUCCUCGGGAUUCAUAUACGUUGAUCACUAAGGUCGGCCGCUAUCCUACCGAAUUCGAUUAUACCCCUGAGGGUAUUGAGAGUAGUAUCGCGCGCAGUCUUCGGCGCUUGCACACCACCUACCUUGACGUCGUAUACUUGCAUGAUGUCGAAUUCGUCGCGGACGAGAAGCUCCCUAGAAGAGGAGGAAACCACGUUACUGCUCUUGGGGAAGAGAGGGAACAAUACGGGUUGAAUGAAAGUCAGGAGGGUGAGACUUAUACGGACAAGGAUCACAAAGUUUUGUCCGCUGUGAAGAAGCUUUUUGAGCUGCGAGAUGACAGAGGCGUCAUCAAGCGCGUGGGGAUCAGCGGCUUCCCACUUCCAACUCUCCUGCGUAUCGCGAUUCUCAUCCAGAAGCGCCUCGGGAAGCCAGUAGACCUCUUGAUGUCCUACUGCCACCUCACACUGCAGAAUAGCACCCUCGCGCAGUUCAAAUCCGAAUUCGGGCCACGCGCGGGAGUGAAGCAAGUUAUCACCGCCUCGCCUAUAGCCAUGGGUCUUCUGCGGCCUUCGCCCCUUCUGGCGCAUCCUGCGCCACUCGAGAUCAGGGUCGCGGCAAAGAGGGCUGUGCAGCUCAGUGAGGAGUGGGAUGCGUCUGGGACUGGUCUUCCUGACUUGGCGCUGCAGUAUACGUUUGCGCGCGCGAGGGAGAUUGGGAUUCCUGCAGCGGUUGGGCUUAGUACACUUGAGGAGGUCCAUGCGAGUGCGAAGGCUUGGCAUGAGGUGGAUGCUGAGGGGUUGUCGACGAAGGAGGACUGGGUUACUCGGGUUAAGAGCGUGCAGGACUUGUUCAGGGAUGUGCAGAUGCUGGACUACUCUUGGGCGACACCUUGAUUUACAUAAGUCGGUGAAGGCGGACAAGCAUGUACGAUUAAGUUUGCAGGAACAGUCACGGAACAGUA